CAUGGAGGACACCGCUGGUAGUAAUCCCCAAUCUCUCGGAUUUACAGAGAAAUUAAAGUCUUGGCUCUCUUGGUCAUGGACUUACGUGUGCUUCAUUUGGUUCGGCAUGGUGCUGAUCAUGAUAUACGUCCUGUGGAGCCCCCUGAAACUGCAGGAAACUCUUACCUCAGCCUCAGUGUUUUUGAAUACACUGACCCCCAAAUUUUAUGUGGCUCUCACUGGAACCUCCUCUCUCAUCUCUGGACUCAUCCUUAUAUUUGAGUGGUGGUAUUUUCGUAAAUAUGGGACCUCGUUCAUUGAACAAGUGUCAGUGAGCCACCUGCGUCCUCUCCUGGGUGGAGUGGAGAGCAGCUCCUCGACUGGUCUGUUCACAUCAGUUAAUGGAGAGGCAGAGCCUAGGCCCAGUGUUUCAGAGUGUAAGGUCUGGAGGAACCCUUUGAAUCUGUUCAGAGGGGCAGAAUACAACAGAUACACCUGGGUAACAGGGAAGGAACCCUUAACGUACUAUGAUAUGAACCUCUCUGCUCAAGACCAUCAGACCUUCUUCACAGGAGACACUCCACAGUUAAGGCCAGAAGAUGCUGUGAUGCAGAAAGCCUGGAGAGAGAGAAAUCCUCAAGCCAGGAUCAGAGCAGCUUACCAGGCCAUAGAAAUGAAUCACGAAUGUGCUGCAGCCUAUGUGCUCCUAGCAGAGGAAGAAGCCACAACUAUCACAGAAGCUGAACGCCUCUUCAAAAAAGCAUUAAGUAUCGCUGGAAAAGAUAUCAACUUACUGGUAUACAUUAAACGCAGACUGGCAAUGUGUGCACGCAAGCUGGGACGGAUUAAAGAAGCAGUAAAAAUGAUGAGAGAUUUAAUGAAGGAGUUCCCACUGUUGGGAAUGUUAAAUAUACAUGAAAACCUCUUGGAGGCACUUCUAGAGCUUCAGGCAUAUGCUGAUGUCCAAGCAGUCCUUGCCAAAUAUGAUGACAUCAGCUUGCCAAAAUCAGCCACUAUAUGCUACACAUCUGCGCUGUUGAAAGCGCGGGCUGUAUCAGAUAAGUUCUCUCCAGAGGCUGCAUCACGACGAGGGCUAAGCACAGCAGAGAUGAACGCAGUGGAGGCCAUACACAGAGCCGUUGAAUUCAAUCCACAUGUGCCAAAGUACUUACUGGAGAUGAAGAGCUUGAUCCUGCCUCCAGAGCACAUCCUGAAGAGGGGUGACAGCGAGGCAGUGGCAUAUGCUUUCUUCCACCUGCAGCACUGGAAGAGGGCAGAGGGAGCCUUAAACCUACUACACUGCACCUGGGAGGGCACCUUCCGGAUAAUUCCCUACCCACUGGAGAAGGGUCACCUGUUUUACCCCUACCCAGGAUGCACAGAAACAGCAGAUAGGGAACUACUGCCCUCAUUCCACGAGGUGUCUGUGUACCCAAAGAAAGAGCUUCCCUUCUUCAUCCUCUUCACAGCAGGCCUUUGCUCUUUCACUGCCAUGCUGGCCAUGCUCACACAUCAGUUCCCCGAGCUCAUGGGUGUCUUUGCCAAAGCAUUCUUCAGCACACUCUUUGCACCCCUGGGUUUCUUUGCAGACAAGAUGGAAAGCUUCAUGCCGUCCAGUUUUUGGCACCAGCUGACUCGAAUCUGACCCCAUCUCACACACACACACGCACACACACACACACACACACACACACACACACGCACCGAUACAACUCCAAACCCUCAGACAAAAAGUGUUUGCUCUCCUGUCUUCAGCAUUACUGUCCACUUGCUGCAUUGUUACUGAUUAUGUUAGCUGAGGUUGUAUCAACAUGCCAAUACCACUCUUAAGAUGCUCUCCCACACUGUUCCAGCAGUUUUUCCAAGACCACAUUUAGUGAAUACCAUUUGCAACAAUUUCACAGGGUCGUUUGCUGGUCAUUAUGCUAGCACUAGGCAAUUUAAAGUUUUUUAAGUAUCCCACAAAGCCUGGCUGCAGAUUUUUUGAACACAAAUCAAAUUAGGAAUUUUUCAGAGGUGCUCCUCUGUUCCAUCUUAGUAAUAAAACAAGUCAUGAAAAAAGUUGAAACUGCAUGUUUUUAAUGCUCCUCUGGCUGUCUAGUGAGAUGAGUUUGAGCCAGUAUGGUGGUCUGACAGCAGGAAACAGAGACAACAUGAACGUGAUGGAUGACUAGAAUAUUUUUUCCUCCAAAAUUAUUUAUAUGCAUCAAAAAAAUCCCAUCAGGUAUUUGGGAUAGGAACCUAUGUGUCCUAUCUCAACCCUCCGUGCCCUGCAGACAUCCAGUGGGGCAGAUUUAAAAGUCUGUAAGGCCUCCUAAAAACAGAGCAGUGAUUUACAGCCUCGAAGUGCCUGCAGUGUAUACAACGCCUCUGCAGUUCAGCAGUUGUUACCAUGGCAUGACACCUCAGCACUAUAUCACUGGGGCAACCGCGGCCCUUGCAACAUUGAGAUGUAAAUGGAUCAUCACUGGUCACAGUUAAGCCUCUCAUGGCAUUACUCAUUUGUGCUGAUUGCACUACAGAAUGUUAGAGGUCAGGGUGUUGGUCAACUUCUCUCAUCGGCAAACAAAAACGAAAGAGGCAGUCGUCAUGCAAGCCGUGUUUUUACGCGUAUAUUGAAGAAUCACAGUAAAAAAGUUUGAUGGGAACAGCAAAAUUCGACAAAACGUACUGAAUUUCACAAACAAGUUUUUACGUCUGUGUCUACGGGAGAUUGAAACGCCUUUUCUGUUCUGACGUAGUGAACAUUUAACAUGACUUAUCAGCUGUUUCCGCCCCAAGAGAAGAAGAAGAAGCAAUUUCAUGCAAAAACAUGGCUGGUAGUAGCAACAGUGUGUGAAAUCUGUGUGUGGACCUCGUUGUUCCACACACAGAUAUACAAAUCCAACACUGUCUUUGAUUGGCUUACUGUGAUAUUCUAACACUCCUUGUGCCUAAACCCAACCAAUGAAGGCAACAAGUAGUAGCCAGUCAGAGGCAGAGUAGGGCGGGUCAUGCCUUCCCCAUAGUUGCAUUUGUAAUUAAGUGGUCCACACCUGCUCUUCUUUGAGAUUUAUUGGCUCGCAACCUCUACUUCUUCUACUCUGUUUGUUCCAGCCAUGCGUAACAUAGCCUGUGCCGCUAACUUCUGACAAAACUGCUCUGUGUAGCCGAGCUCAUUCGCUUCAGCCCAGUUAAUGGAAGCACACCUAAUUGGCAUUUUCUCUUUUUUUGUGACAUUUCAAAAGUUAGCUUCAAAACACGGCUACUGAGAAUCAGCUGGCACAGGCAAAGUAAGUAAAGCUGUAAUACACAGGAUCACAGUAGUUCUGAAUACACUGUAUUAGAGUGACAUUAUCCCUUAUGAGCCCUGAGAGAAACAGAAAAAUUGUUAAAAUUAAAAGUCAUGCACAGACAUACUGUACAAAGUAAGAAUUAUUUUACUUCCUAUGUGCAAAAACUCUGCCUUUGACUGUGUCUGUUCAUUUUGCCAGAAAGGGAGCUUAACAUAAGAUGAGACAUCAGAGUUACCUUGUUGUGAAGUAUAAAGCAAAAACUGGCUGAUAAUGUAAUGACCUGUCAGUGCCUGGUUCGAAAUCCUAAUAAAGCCUGUAAAUGUAAUUUAUUGUACAUUCUAAUAAUCAUGAAAAAUGUGAUGAUUGAAGUUUAUUAAAAAAAGAAAACAUUUACAGAUGAGAUAGAGGAUGAUAGUAUGAUGUCACGUCAUCCCAACCUUUUAUUACAUUAACAUAUUUAUCACAUUUUAAACCACUUAAGGCAGACAUGUUUACUACACAUUUACCACACAGUUAUUACAUUAUUGGUGCAGCAAUUUUGAAUUCAUACCCCAUGAUGUACUUUAAGUGACAUUAUACUGACAACUCCACUCCACAUGUAAACAAAGUGACAAAGUGCCUUUUAGUACAUCACAAUUGUAAAACACCAAUUUGGUAUUUACCGCACCUCUAAUAUGUCUCAAGUUCAGCAACAACUCUGUUUAACUUUGACAGAUCAAAUUUGAUAAACAGAUGCCUUCAAACAUUUGAAUUCAAAACCGAACGAUCAGAUAGAGCAGCAAGAGGAACAAUUACUUAUGAAAAAGUAGAAAAUGACAAGCUGGCUAUGAUACAACAGCACAAAAUUUGCGUCACUACAGCAUGUUUUCAGUAACUAAGCUGCAAAGACUCUGUUUCACGUUUCACUCUGGCCUGUAAUAUUUGUCUGUUUAAAUUUGUGACACUUGAAAUGUCUCAUUUUAAAGUGUGCAGCCGAAAUGUAACAGCACAUGCUGAAGACAGGAGAAUGUUUGAACAGAUGUAACUACCCUUGGAUGAGUUUGAAAGCAAAACUCAGAAUAAAUUACUCUUUCAGUCCAUUUUCCUUCUGUGGUAUUUGUUUUUGUUGCCGUUAUAUUGUUCUAGAAAUACUGAACAGGUAUUUUCUGAAUGUGCAGAUUUAGACAAAACAAAUUGGGGCUGUAACGAAAA